GGACACCUGAAGGAGGCCUCUCCUUUUCCUCUCCUCUUCCUCCCUCUUCCUCUCUACGAGUCACCACCUCUGCUGGAGCCAGUCUCAGGGGACAGCAAAGGGAUGAGCACAAAGAAGAAGAACACCCCCAGUGGUGUGAUCACCUUCCACACACAUUUUCCUGUCAGCCUGCUGAAAUCAGAGGAGUGCAUGGUAGAUGGUAAAGGCACCACAGAGAUCAGAAAGACCCCCACGCAGCCAAGCAUGAGGAGGAGUAUGAGGAGCCCUGGUGAAUGUGUGAGAGCAAAGGGAAGCGAAGAGGCCUCACCCUCUGGGUCGCAGCCGGGGCCCAAACAGGGCUGGCUGUCUCACACCUCCCUCAGACGACUGCAGGCAAAGAUGGAGGCUGAAAAUCAACAGGUGAAGGACAUAAUCCAACCGAUACUGGAUAUGGAAAAUGGUUUUGUGAAGGAGUUGGAGAAGUUUCUGACUAGACGGGACUUCACACAGCUCAGGAGGAGGGAGCUGCUGCACAAGCGCUGGACUGAGCGGGUGUGGUUCCCCCUGCAGAGGCGGGUGGAGGAACAUGUGUCCAGCUGCAGCCCCGCGGAGGUCAAACGCUGCCAGAGCCUCUACCGUCACUACCUCCAUCACUGCAACACCAAGGGCUUUGUGUUUCUAGAACAUUAUGAUCUGAAGGAAUACGAUCCGCUUCUUCUCCACAUCAAAAUGCCACGCUACCUCAAGCUCGGUACGGCGGACUUAAAGGACCCAUUGUGCCUCCAUUUACAUGAAAGACUGAAGGGAAAGAGAACAGCUCCUUCCUGUGAAGCAGGAUGUACAUACACAAGGAGACAAGUAGAGAAGCUACCUCAGAGCAACAUCCUGCUACAGGCCUUUUCCAGUAAUCCAGUCACUGCAGCCAGAAAAGCUACAGCGGUGAAUGAAAGCAAAGGAAGGCAGUCUAGCAGUUUCGUCCACAUACCGUACCAGAUCAGUUCCAGCGCCAUGCCGGAUGGAAGGUGCCCUCCGACCGGCUGCUUGGUGUCCAAAUCUGGAUGUGCGCAACAACCAGCAUGUUUACAACAACUCCAGUCCUCACUUAGAUCUAAAUAA